AUGGAACCAACAAUCAAAAAACAAAAGAUAGAAGAAUAUAUUGGAUCUUCUACAAUAUGUGAAUCAGAUGCAAAAACUACUACUACUACUACUACUACUACUCCUCCUCCUCAUCUAAAUACAAAUAAUAAAAAAAAGAAUUUCAAAAUAUUACUCACUGCAGAAGGAAAUUUCUCCUACACCAAAUCACUUUUAGAUAGAUACUCACAUUUGAAAGGAUUUGGUGAGUCUAUCACAGCCACUGAAUACACCAAGCAAUUAGACGCCAGCAUUAUUCCAGUCACCAAACAGUUAGAGGAAAAGGGUGUAAAGAUUAUGCUUGGGGUUGAUGGCCGAGAAAUAGGUCAGAUUUUUAAAGGUGAAAGAUUCAACAUCAUCCAAUGCAAUUGUCCUUUUGGUGGGUCGUCCGAAAGAGAUAGAGAUGAAUUUAAAACAUUCACACUAGAAUUCUUUCAAUCUGCUUCAGAGCUACAAAAGCCUGGAGAUAGAAUUCAUUUCGCUCUCGAUCAAUCAAAAGGUUACUGGAAAGAAAGAAAAACUUUUAUAUAUAUCGAAAGACAAAGGGAGAAUCCUAUUGUAAAAGGAUCGAUUAAUGCAAACUAUAAACUAAUCCGAAAAAGAAGAUUUGGUGAGCGAUAUCCUAAAUAUAGACAUAAAAAGACCUAUAGUAACGAAUCUUUUCUAAAAGAUACUAGCGUUAUAAGAGAGUUUGUAUUUGAAAAGGUUGACCAUCUCGUUCUACUAACAGAUUAUGAUGAUGAUGUUAGUGGUCAUCAAAUUAAAUAUAAAGAUAAAAAUAACAAAGAUUUAGAUAAUGCCUACUUUUUUUGUAGUACUGAUGAUGAAGACAGUGAUGAUGAUUGA